AUUCAUCCUCUGGAUGUCUAAAAGCCUCAACUCAUCAGGGUGCCAUAGAUGUUUAUGUCAGCCAACUGGGGAAAGUGGAAUUGAAAUCCCUUAAAGGCUCUGUUAUUGUCAAAGUCCCGUCUUCUCUUCAAGCUCAUUUACAGUUAUCAGGGAAAGCGGUUGAUGUUGACUCAGAAGUUCAUAUUCAGGAAAUGGCUAAAGCUCAUAAAGAUCAUGGUAUAACAAUUACUGGACUCAUGAAUCAAGCAAGCAAACAUGAAAAAUGGAUUAAGGCUGAUGCCCCAGAAGGCACUGUAAGUUUUAGAAGUCAGAGCUGGUUUCAGUCCCUGAAACUGCGGGACUAAGAAUGAUUUGAGUUGUAUUUAUGAUUUUUAACAACGAUUACCAGAUCUGUGACUACAAAACUGAAAAUACCACUGUUCAUAUAAAUGUUGAAAUCAACAAAUUGGGAAUGAACACUGAUGAGUUGUCUUAGAAUGGCUUUUUCAGAAUUUGUACUUAGCUAUUUGUUUUCUAUUGCUCUGUAACAAAUGGCAAACAAACUUUGUAGCUUAAAAUAAUACCCAUUUAUCAGCUCACAUUUGUGUAGGUCAAGAGCCCAGCAUGGCUAGGUUCUCUGCUCAAGAUAUCACAAGGUUGGAAUCAAGGUGUUGACUAGGCUGCGUUCUCACCUGGAGACUCUGAGGAGAAAUCUACUUUCAAGUUUAUUCAAAUUAUUAGCAAAAUCCAGUUCCUUGAGACUACAUAACUGAGGUCUCCAUUUUCUUGGAGUGAUUGUUCACAGCCAGCAUUCACUCUAAGCUCCUGGAAGCCACCAAAUCUCUUCUCAUGUGGCCCCAUACAUCUUCAAGCCAGCAAUGAUGCACUGAGUCCUUCUCAUGCUUUGAAUAUCUGACUUCUGCAACCUGUGCUUUUAAGGGCUCACUUGAUUAGAUAAGGCCCACCAAGGAUAAUCUUUGUCUUGCCAUAUAAUGUAACAUAAUCAUGAGAAUGAUACCUCAUCAUAUUUACAGUUUCCACUCCCACUCAAGGGGAGGAGAUUAUACAAAGGCAUCAGUUAUGGGGGGCAGUUAUCUUAGAAUUCUUUGUACUGUAGUUCUCAUGUGACAGGUUUUCUACUUAGUACCUUUUAAGGCAUCAAUGUAAAUUUAAACUGUGAAUAAAAAACAUAUCAUAAACGUAAAGCAGUUGCUACCAGUUCUUAAUAUCUUUCAUGUAAUUUAAGACAUACUUCUGUGGGGGGAAGAGCAUUCAGCUAUUUUAUAGCCUGAUGUAUGAAGACAGAUUUUCACUUGUAUAAGGUGUACUGUGUAAAAUUAUUUUAUGAAUCCCAUUUCUUUCAAACCUUACUCAUCUACUACUGGAACAUUUAAGUUACACAACAUUGAAGAAACCUGUCCAUUGGAUUAUAUUUUUUACGAUUAAGAUAAAUUAAUUCUUAAACACUGAUUUUUAAUAAACCUUUUCAAAUAUG